GCCCAUUAAGCACGGCCACCUGCUAAAUCAUAAAAAUAGGGCAAACAAUGUAAAGUGUCUUUGCAGUAAGAAAUCAGCUCAGAAAAUGGAUUGGGUGAUAUCAGACGAGUUGUCCCUCACUGUGGGCACAGUCGUGGGGUGGAUCAGUGCGGGUGCAAUGAUUAUUGGUGGUGUCCUCCCCUAUAUACCCCAGUACAGGCAAAUCAGCAAGACCAAAGACGCGGAGGGCUUCUCUUUACUAGUCUGUCUAGCGCUUCUAAUAGCUAAUACUUUAAGGAUAAUGUUUUGGUUCGGUAAACAUUUUGAAUAUCCUCUCUUGAUUCAAAGUUUGAUUAUGAAUAUUACUAUGUUUUUGAUGAUUCAUUUGUGUGUGCGUGUAAGAAAUAGAAACCAGCUACUUCAGGCAAGGCAGAGAAUUUUUACAGCGAAGCCCUAUGAAGUAAAGAGACUGCUAAAUUCUAAGCCUCCUCGCUCUUCUCACAGUAUCUGUGAUUUUGACGCGAAAUUUUUCUGGAACUGGUCCGAUUUCCAGUCCUACGUUGACUGUAUGCUUGUGUUUACGAUCGUGACUUCGCUGCUGAUGUAUCUGUUCAUAGAUUAUAUAGUUUUCGUGGAGAUAGUCGGCUUCCUCGCCGUUUUCACGGAGGCCAUGUUGGGCACACCUCAGCUGGUCAAAAAUUACAGGAACAAGUCUACCGAGGGUAUGAGCCUGAGCAUGGUGGUGAUGUGGACGUGCGGUGAUAUAUUUAAGACGCUGUACUUCCUGUUGCGCGACGCGCCCGUGCAGUUCUGGCUGUGCGGCUCCAUCCAGGUGGCCGUGGACCUGCUGAUCCUCCUCCAGGUGUUCAUCUAUCGGGGCAACGCGGAGCCGCAGCGCACAGGCCCCCACCGGGGGGAUUGAGUGGUUAUCAUCUGGACGCACGACGAGAUCUGCCACCGCAAGGGGAAGGCCGGUGCCGAAGUGGCUGUCCUAAACGAGAAGAGGGAGGAUAGCGACAACCUAGCCAAUAGUAUUAGCAAAGACGUGAUCCCGGAGGGGGCGCGCGACUCCCCUCAGAACAGCGACUCCAGUGCUAACGAUAGGACAGAGACGGAGAACGAUUACUGUUGUGUUAUCAGUGCUGACGUUCACAACGAGAACGAGGGGGGCCUCGGCGAGGACGCCGGUAAGACCGUUCCUGUAGAUAGUGUAAAUAAUACGCGGGGAAAGCGUGGCGCCAACGGCGAUACGAAGAAGCGGGCUUCGCACGUCUCCUACAAGGAACGCGCCAAGCACAAGGUCAGCAUGCUUAUCCACAGGCAUACGUUAUGACAUACACUUUUCGUUGCUUCCAUAGAGGGCUGCUUCCGCUCCUCUUUAGUGUGUUAGGUUCUCGUUUCUCGAGUGGUAAUAGCCGACACACGUUUUUUUUUUUUUUUAGAUAAAUAUACGUAUAUGUCUUUGCGACCCUGUCAAUUCUGUGAUCUAUGCAGCUUAGAUGGUGCGGGUGGUGUUACAUAACCUCAAAAAAAAUUUUAAUUUAGACGGGGUGUCACUUUGAAUGGGGGUCGAGAAUUCUUUCGGUCGCUACCUUUGAACUUAACAAAAAUAUAAGUUUAUUUCUUCAAAUUCCGUCGUAAUAGUCGAUUUUUUAUACCCUAGGCAGGGUAACUUCAAAAAACGGCGCGCCAUUUUUCUUGAUUCGUUUACAAUGUUCCGUCAUGCCUCGCAGAAAUUUAACAAUGAAGACACACAAACACACAA